AUUUCAUUUGUAAACCCUCUCUCUCUCUCCACCAUUCUUUCUCAAUCCCUCUCUCCUCUGUUCUCCUCUGUUUGCUCCUCCUUUUUUUUUUCUAGCCUCGCCUUUCAAGUUUCAUCUCUACCUACUCACCAUUUUUGUUGGUUUUGUGUUUGAAUCAUUGGUUUUCAAGUUUUUGGAUUUGUCCUAAAAUGGCAAUCACGUGAUUAGGGUUUGGAUCCCCUUCUUCUAAAGAACCUCCCAUUACUUCUUCAAGUGGUGCUAAAAAAAUGAAGAGGAAAGCUUUCCUCUCUCAAAUGAAAAGUGAAAAUCAACUGCAAAAAGCAUAAGUUAAGUCUACAAUUGUUGCUGCUAGUAAGAGGAUGGAUCGAAACUCAUAAAUCAAUAUAUUGAAGAUGGCAUCCUCAUCCUCAUCCUCAAAUGAUGAGUGGUUUGAAGCUGCCGGAGAAGGGAAUUUAGAUGUUGUGAAGAAAUUGGUUGAAGCCAACCGUGAAAUAGUGAGAGCAAGACAUCAACGUACCCAGGAGACGGCUCUCCAUAUUGCAGCCAGCAACGGCCAUGUGGAUAUUGUAGAAGAGUUGGUUUCCAAAAUGGAAGAAAAAGAUUUAGAAAUGAAGGAUAAUCAGAAAUGGACGGCUCUUGCAUCAGCUACAAGGAGUGGAAUCACCAGAAUUGCCAAGUGUUUGGUUCAAAAGAACAGUAGCUUAGUUAGCAUGGAGUGUGGUCAUGGUGAACAUAGUAACCUACCACUUGUAUGGGUACUCACCUAUGGUCACAAGGACAUGGGUCGAUAUAUGUACGCUAUCACGCCAAUCGAACAAUUGUCCCCGCCACACAACAAGUCACGUGGAGCUAGGGUCCUCCAGAUGAGUAUAGAGGCGCAAUGGUAUGAUGUUGCUUUGCAAUUAGUUGAGCGUUGUCCAGAGCUGGUUGAGGACAGGAAUGUCAUCUUCUCAUUCGCUACUAAUAGAGACUUUACUGCCUUUCCGAGUGGAUGUCGACUCAAAUUUUGGCAGCAAUGGAUGUAUGACUACUGUAUUGAGACACCAGAAAAUGUUGAUGCGAAAAGUGACAUUAGCAUAAAUGUCCCGACCAUAGAAGAUAGCCAAAGUUCGAGAAGCAGUACAUUUCAACAACGUUUUAAUUCAGUUCUCCUUAAAACUCUAGGAAUAAAGAGUAUCCAAGAAAUGAAAUUACGGCAUCAUUACUCGUCGAGAUUGCUAAAAAGCAUCUGCCAAGAGAUAAAAACUUUAUACAGGGUGAAUGGAACGAUCUCAGUAUAUCCGGCCUUUUACAAAUCUGCCGAAGGAGGAGUCGUUGAUAUCUUUGUUGGUUUAGCAAAGACAAAUCCUCAACUUGUGCUUUAUUAUAAUGGUGAAGGGAGGAAUGUUUUCAUGGCAGCAAUUGAACAUCGGCAACCACAAAUAUAUUGCCUUCUGCAUGGGGUUUCUACAAGAAAAGUAACGAUAGCAUCGGUGGAUUGUGCACUUAAUACCAUGCUACACAUGGCUGGAUUGUUGGCCCCUUCUAAUCAACUUAACAAAAUCCCUGGUGCCGCAUUGCAAAUGCAAAGUGAGCUACAAUGGUUUAAGGAAAUUGAGUCAAUUACUUUGCCGAAACAUUUAUAUUAUAAGAACCGUGAUGGACUGACACCACGAGAGCUGUUUACGAAAGAACACAAAGAGUUGAUGAAAGAUGGAGAACAGUGGAUGAAAGACACAGCGAGUUCUUGCAGUCUGGUAGGCUCUCUCAUCGCUACCAUAAUGUUUGCUGUAGCUUUCACUGUUCCGGGAGGCAACGACCAAAACACAGGCUUUCCAAUGUUUUUACACAAAAAGUUAUUUAAGAUUUUCAUAAUAUCGGAUGCUAUAUCACUCUUCUCGGCCACAGCCUCGGUGUUAAUGUUUUUGGGAAUGCUUACAUCGCGUUAUGCAGAAGAUGAUUUCCUCAAAUCCUUGCCCACAAAGAUAGUGAUAGGCCUUCUCACACUUUUCAUAUCUAUCGCAACAAUGACAAUCGCAUUUUGUGCUGCCCUUUUAAUUGUGUUCAGCAAAAACUCUGCGUUUAUCGUUACUCUCUUCUUGCUUGCUGGACUUCCGAUUACUUUGUUUGGGUGGAUGCAGUUUCCUCUUCUUGUACAGAUUGUCAAUUCCACCUAUGGACUAAGCAUUUUUAACCGGAAUGUUAAACGCUGGUUGUAGCUUUUAACCAGCGUGUGUGUGCAUGAAAUCAAAUUACAUUUAGUUUUCAUUUUCCAUUUCAAGUAUUGAUCAUUACCGGUGCAAUGACACUCUUGUAUUAUUUAUUUUAAUGGCUUGUACCACAUAUAUAUUCAUAAUCCUCGGAGAAUUGACUUUCUA